AUGACCACUGAAUGCGAAAGACAGCCGUUGGCGAAGGUGUCGAGCUCUCGAAUGAACAAGCUGAAUGGCAACUUUUCCAGCGGAACGCUUUCCAAGAGCUCCACGACCAUUAAACCGCCGCACGCUUCAAAACUCCCGUCCAUCAAGUCGAUGAUACACCAGGACUCAGAGACGUGGCCGCAACCCAAUAGCCUUGAGCAGCGAAUGGUGGUGCAGGCGACGACGGAGGCAGCUCCGCCAAAGGUGGAUUUCGAUCAGGUUUCUCAAAAACUCAAGAUACGCAUGCAAUACGCCUACUACAAAUACCGCACAAGACAGACCCCAGUGGGCCUGCGGGAAUGCCCCACGCCGCGCAACAGUGACGAACAAGAUGCUGUCCGGUCGCUGAGGCGCUCCCGACCGGCCACAAGAGCUCAUUCGUCGUCGAGUGCGCACGCCAUUUCCAACACUGUUUGCAAACCUUCGAGGCGCUUGGUGAUGUCCCAGGGCUCGUUUAGAACUCCGGUCAAGCCAAAUCUCUGGAACCCAAACCCCAACGCUCCGGGCGCCAGAACACCGCUAGAUCCGUUCGACACCAAUCAACAAGCAACCCCGAUGUCUAUGAAAGCAGCAAAAUCAUUGAUCGAUCUGUUUUCCAGUAACCAAUGA